GGUGCCUGUGCGGAAUCGUGCAGGUUUUUUAUUUUUAUUAUUAUUAUUAUUAUUAUUAUUUUUGGGAGGGGGAACGGGGGGCGUAUGACAGGAAGAUGGGGAUAUGGCAAGGAGAGGGGGAUAUGGAGAGGAGGAGGAGGAUGUCGAUGAGGAGGACGACGAGGAUAGCGAGGACGACGAGGAGGAGUCGUCGAGAUGGGGGAGGAGAAGAGAUGGACGGAGGGAAAAGAGGAAGGGCAGGAGGAGGACGAGUGGGAGGAGAAGACAUGGACGCCGAGGAAGGGGAGGACACGAGGAAGGGAAGGAGACGAGGAGGCAUGGAAGAUGAGGAAGUACGAGGAGGAGGAGGAGACAAGGAGGAUGAGGAAGGGCAGGACGAGGAGGACGAACAGGAGGAGGAGGAGGAGGAGGAGGAGACGAAAAGGAGAAGGGAGGAGGAGACAUGGAGGAUGAGGGAAGGGGAGGAGGAGCAAGACGCUAAGGAACUCGCGCGGUUCACGACCGACUUAGAGUCCGCCAUCCGCGACUUGAUUCGAGAAUACCACGACGUCUUUCCCCCGCAUUUCUCAUACUGCGGGAUCCCCGCGAUGCGCGGUGUUGAGCAUUCUAUCCAGUUCGUGCCCGACUAUCGUAACGUGGUCGAUGAGUAUGGGAAGAGAAGUUUUCCUCUUGAUUGCGCACCCUACGAUCCGCGCCUUCGACCAUGGUUUCGACAGAUGUAUAGCCCGCCGAAGAAGGUGUCCAUCCUCGUUCAUGGGCCUGGCAGAAUGUCUGAGCCUCUGAAGAGUAUGAAGAACAGUGAGACCGUUGUAAGGAAACUGCAAGAUGUCCCAGGCUCGCAGUCAAACGUGGGCUCGUACGACGAACCUCAAAGCUCGAACGAGAAUGAGACGGACCCAUACGCUUUCAAGAACCCUGAAAAUUUGGAACAGGCCAACUGGGAGACGGAGCUGGACUCUUUGAAGGGUCGGACAGACGAUCAAUCGGAACCCGAGACGGGCUUGGACGCACUGAAGGAGCUCCUCUUUACACUCAGGAAGACCUUCUACGAUGGGGACAGCGUAUCUCUGACGACGGAAUCUCAUCUUCAAUUUGGCAACACCGGCCAGAACAUACGGUUCAGGACCAGCACUUUUGGGGAGGCCUCUGUGCUCCGCUUGCAGCUGGAUCCAAGCUCCCCAAUUGGAGACUUCGCUGAGGGUGUUCGUGCAGCUCUCGAUCCAUUGACUAGGCACUCCAAGGAACAUCUUGCGGUGCUACUUGUGUUUACGCAAGGACCUAUCAAUGUUGACGCCGCAGCCAGUGUUAUAGCAGAGCAUAACAAGAGGAGCCUUAGCAUCACGGGCAGACCUGUGUCGGUUUUCCUUUAUGGCGUGGACAUUCAAGACGAAGCAACUUUUGCAAACAUGACAAAGCUCGCCGAACUGGUAAAUGGCAUCGCCCGGAACAUCGGGUUAGCUGACCCUUUGCUUGGGAUUUACGCCUACUUUGAUUACCUGGCACGGUCGUUUGUCGGCCACCCACCCACUUGGGCAAGACUGUAUGCGGAUGCUUUCAGAAAGGCAGAGGUCACCACCCUUAUGAAACACGUGUUCGAUCCCCAGGGACGCGUUCUCGGAAUCGUUGGUCUGGAUCUGAAGUCGCCAAGCGUUGCACAACAAAUAGUUGGGAAUAAUACCAAGGCUCCACCACCAAUAUCUGUCUUCAAUCCAAGGGAUACGCUGCAAUUGCCGAGCUGCACGACACCUUGUGAGGAUAGCCAACCAAGCUUCACCUGUGGGGGUGCGGAGAGCAAGCAGCCGCUGGAGACAAAUGAUGUCCUCUGCCCGAAGGUGACGUCGAAGGAUGCCGAGAGCCGGGUUUGCUGUGGAGCUUCUUGUUUCGAACAAAACUCAGCAGGACGUGUGUGGAAAUGUUGCGUGAGGGAGAAUUUCAUGCUUCAGGUCACCGUUACUCUAGUUGUCAUCACCCUGUUAAGCAAGCCUGGCCCUUUCUUGCGGCGGCAGCAUUUAAUUGAUGGAGGAGGAUAUCAGUAACCUUGCGGGAGGAGAAAAUAAACAAAUCAUUUUUGAAGUAUUAAACAAAUAAAUAAAGGAUUU